UUUUUUUUUUAAUGUAAACGUGUUUUGUAAAUAGGUUGGCUUGAAUUGAAGUUAAUUAGUAAGCGUCGUUGACUCAAGCUGCUGAAUUAUCCAGUUAUAGCGAAUGUAAUCACAAGUUAUAUUUAUUCAGUGUGCACACAAUUGAACAAAAUUGCGUUGAAUGUUUUGUUUUGUGAUUUAAUUUAAAAUAGUCUGGGUUAUAUUUGGGGGUUUAAUGUAAGUAUUCUUUAAAUGUUGUCAUAAAUGUGACGACGUUUAUCUUCUAAAUAUUAUAGCCUCAGUGUUAAGAAGUGUCUGACAAGCUUGUUAGAUUUUGGGUAACGUAGAUUUAUUGUAGAAUUGCGCAUUGAGAAAACGAAACGGUUUUGACAAGUUUUGGAAGUAACUUUCAACCUCGUGUCACCUGGUUCUUAUACAAUACAAAUGGAAAUAUCAAGCUUUUGAGACUUCAAUGUUUUGGUGCCAAAAGAGUGUUCUGUAGCUGCAUAAUAUGACACUCAAUAAGAUGGCAAAGACUGUUGGAAUAGCAAACAUCAAUGGAGACUUGAAAGCAUUUCUAGACCAGAACCAAACUCUUGCCAGAAGCAAUAUUUCAGUGGUUGCAGUCCCAGUUUCUUCUGAUUUGUACCCCUCAGCAAAGAUUACUUUAGCACCAAUAAACGUGAAUGUUGGACCCCAGAUGAUUAUAAGCACACCUCAACGAGUACAGAACUCGGGCAGCAUUCACAUUGGGAGUCCAUACACUCCCAAUUCAGCAAUGGUUACCCAGAGUCACAUAACAGAAGCAUCAGGGUGGGUUCCUGGGGUCAGAAAGCGGACUCAUGAAUUUAUAGAAUCUGAUUUUUCAGACGGUAGUAAAAGAAUGAAAAAGGUGGGCGAAAAGAAUGGAAAAGGACUGAGACAUUUUUCAAUGAAGGUGUGUGAAAAGGUGCAGAAAAAAGGAACCACUACGUACAACGAAGUGGCAGACGAACUUGUCGCUGAGUUCACCAACUCAGCAAGCCUUCUGGCUGCUGAUUCUCAGGUUUAUGAUCAGAAGAACAUUAGGCGCAGAGUUUAUGAUGCUUUGAAUGUACUCAUGGCUAUGAACAUUAUCUCAAAGGAGAAAAAAGAAAUAAAAUGGAUUGGGCUCCCUACAAAUUCUGCUCAGGAAUGUCAGAAUUUAGAGUUGGAAAAACAGAAAAGGAUGGAGAGAAUUAAACAGAAGCGGGCCCAGCUACAAGAACUGAUAUUACAGCAAAUAGCUUUUAAGAACUUGGUGCAACGAAAUGCGCGGUCUGAGGAGCAGAACCAGAGUCCUCCAUCACAAAACUCUGUGAUCCAGCUGCCUUUUAUCCUUCUCAACACCAGUGUGCGGACUGUCAUUGAUUGCAGCAUCUCUAGUGACAAGUGUGAAUACCUCUUUAAUUUUGACAACACGUUUGAGAUUCAUGAUGAUAUCGAGGUGCUUAAACGGAUGGGAAUGUCCUUUGGCUUGGAGUCUGGAAAAUGUUCCUCGGAGAAUCUGAAAAUUGCUAAAUCCUUAGUGCCAAAGUCUUUGGAAAGCUAUGUCACAGGCAUGACUGCUGGACUGUCCUGGUUAAAUCAAGAUCAGUUUACUUGUAAUUCAGAACCGACACUGACAACCUUGGUCACCAAAAGCACUGCCUCCAUAGCUCAUAUAAGCUCAAACCCAGAACUUUGUGCCGACACUGAAGUGGCCUUAACAACCGGACAGUGCCUGACCCACAGCAGCCAUCAUUCCAGUAGCACAACGACGUCCCAUUGCUCUGAGUCGCGCGGAGAGACGCCAUGCUCUUUCAACGAUGACGAUGAAGACUCCUCGUCUCCAGAAUAAUUAGAGAAGGUGACUGGGAAGAAGAAAUAAAGCUGCUUUUCUGGUUUAUUUUAAGCUGUUUGUCACCAUUCCCUGUUUUGUCUUCUUUUGAAAGCUGUGCGUUCACACUAUAGAUGAAAGGCUGCGGUUUGAUAAUGAAAGUAUUAAAGUGCAGUAUUUAGAAGGUAAGGACAUUAUCAGGGCAAGCAAAAACAAACUGCUCCUGUAGUUGGAGGACAGGGGUGGGAUGGGCAGAAGGGGACAAACCUAAGUAUAUCUGUGAAGGCUUAAAGCCGAUAUUCAUAUGUGGUAUACUUCUCAUAACUCCCCAUACAUUCAAAAUGAGAAAAAUUGUGCAGUCUUCUGUUUAGUUUGUAGUUGUAUAAGUAUUUUUUUAAAGGAACAUUUGCCUAACUAUCUUUUGACCUCUUAUUUCCGACCAAGAAUCUUUUUAUUUUAUGUUUUAUUUUUGUACUGAUUUAAUGCUGCUUUAUUGUUUGAUUUAUUGUGUCCUUCCUUAAAUGUUACAUAUUAUCUAACAAAAUAAAUAAAUAAACAAAGAAGCUAAGCAAAACCAAUAUAGAAUUAGGGGGGAAAUCACUCAAGAUCAAGAAUCCCAAACCAAGGACUUCAAACUUCCUUUUAAAAAGAAAGAAAAUCAACCAUUUGAAGAAAAAAAAAAAGGAUUUUAUUAAUAUCAUUAUAAUAAAUAUAAUAUUUACAGUAUUUUUCUUUUUGUUAUGAUUUGUGAAGUCAUAUAUUUUAUUUGUACUUGUCAGAUUAAUAAUAUUUGUGCUAUGUCUGUAGUUUGUGAAAAGAACCCUUUAGUUAUGCAGCUAUGAGUGAAACUACUUAAAAUAGAAAGGUGAAGCUUAAUCUGGAGGGGUUUUUGAAGUGCUGAUCCAGCUUGUGCUGUGCUCUCCUCUUCCUCCUCCCUGCUGUUCUUUUAUGCUGACUCCAGACCUUCCUGUACCCCAUUGCCUUUUCUUUUAACUAUUGAGCUGGCAACCAAUGCCCCCCCUCUGGUAUUUCCUGGUGGCUGCUGUUAGAUACAUCUUAUACUACCCCCCACCCCCCCACACACACAUACACCCCUUUUUUUUCCUUUUCCUUUUUUCUUUUGUUCCCUGUUAACUGUUUAAGAUCAGAAGCUUUUCUCUGAAACAGUGCCCAGAUUGGCUGUUUUUCAAAAUGCAAGUAUGACUGUACCUGCUGCUGCUGCUGCAAAAAAAGUGUGAUGUGAUGCUAUUUUUGUAUUUAGCACAUUUAUACACAGUAAUAAGUACACCUCUUUACCUUCAUAGUCUUUAUAAAUUACAUUUUUACAUGUUGACCUGAAAUGUGAAAAAAAACCAAAACAAAAAACAGAACAAUAAUAAGUUCUCUGCAGUAAUAUGGCACAGAAGUUUCUUUUUUGAAACCUCAUUUUGGAUUAAUUUGUUAUAUUUUUAAUGUAUUGUUUUCUGUAAAAUGUAAUUAGGUAUUCAAAACAAUGUGUUAUGUCAUAUUUAAAACAGUGAUCCCAUGGGAACCCAUUCAGUGGUAGUUGUGUGACAGUGCAUUAUUGGACUUUAAAGGAAUGGAGUUCUAAGUGUCUACUUUUACUGAUAUUGUUGCCAGCCAAUGGACUGCUUCUUGCUAAUAGAGCUGAGGUGCCCAAUUCUGGUCCUGGUUUAAUAUAUACAAUUAAACAAGUAAAUACUUUAGGGCUUGGAUGGAGUUUUAAUUGGUCUAGCUUACAUGAAAAAAGAUGACUGGAACAGCUGCACAGGAAGGUUUUCGAACCUGAGGGGUAAAAGAGGGUUUUCUUCCAAAGAAUUUUAAUUUUAAUUUUAAUGAACUCUGCAGAAUGGUGACACUAGUAGGAAAAACAAUCUUCAUUGUCUUAAUUUGUAAAUAGUAGCUUUUUUUUUGUUUGUUUUUUUUUCUCACUAUUUUUAUACUAUGUUAAUAAAAGCUGUACUGUAUUUAAUUAAUCCGAGUUGUGUUGUGCUACAGGUGGGAUUUCUGAAGUGCAUACACAGGUAGCUAGACAAGGGCUUUGUAUCGUAUGUGCUUACUGUUUUUUUUUUUUUUUUUUGUUUGUUUUGUUUUUUGUAUCCUGGCGGCCUUGAUACAGGUUGCGGACAGCUGCAAAGUUUUUUUUGCAGGUUCAUGUGGUUUUCUUCAGAAAGAGGACACUUGUAGAAAAAAAUAUAUAAAAUAAAAGUUAAAAAGACACUGUGGUUGUUAGUAGUUAAACAUUUACCAAACUACUAGGAUAAUCCAGUGGGCCUCCUGCUUUCCUUUGUGAGUGAGUAUGUUUCCCCACUUGAAAGAUCCAGACAUCAACUUGGUUCUCCUUUUGUACCAUUGAUUACCUCCCAGGUAUGAAGUAUAUUGUAUGUUAACAUAUUAUUAUAAUAUUUUUGUAUAUGAUAUUAAAGUUACAUUUCUUCUGUGGGCUGUUAAAUUAGUCUAGUUUUUCUGCUUUCCACCAAGCAAUGACAGCCUAGGUACGUAGAGACCUAUUUUAAUUAACUACAUGGGGGCAAGGCUGGAUGAUGAAUGUAGCAACAAACGGUAAUAAUGGCCCAACAUACUGUACGAAAUUAGUCCAAAUUAAAAUGUUGCAGAUUUAAGGGUCUCCCCCAGUUUGUAAUAUAUGUUACAAUAUUCAGUUCAAGAACACUUAUAGUUGAGGAGGAGGAAUGAGGGGAAUUUGUAUUUCAACAUGCGCAGGUGUUCUUAUAGCCUCUUUGUUGCAGAAUAUAUAUAUAGAUAAUUGGUAAGAAACACUUCAGAAUAUCUCAAGCAUGAACAGACUAGGAUGUCGGGUGUUUUGAGAUAAUCAAACUGGAAGGUGAAUAAUUCAUUUUCUGACUAUGCAAUAACAGGUUAUGUAAUUUUAUUGCUCUGUGGCAAUGGGCAGUGCAGUACUGGUCAAACCAAAUGAUUGCAUUUGGUUGGCAGUAUCAGUGUCUGAAAAUGUAAGAUUUUGAGACUAGUUAUGACACAUUAUUUGCAGUGCAACUCGAACAUCUUUUACUGGGGCAUUCCUAAUCUCUGUGAAUCAUGCAGUAGGGCUCAUGAGUGGUGCAUCCAGGAAAGGCGCUCUGCGCGAGUGCAGGAUACGCCCUCUAGCCUGGAUGUCGCCGGUUCGAGCAUGGGCUAUUCUACAGCUGACAGGUGGGAGGGAGGGACUA